AUGGAGGUCCAGCAUCGCAUCGUGUUUGUGUGCAGCUUGUGCCUUCGUCAGUACGAUCUAAUGGAGGACUUGCGUGGUCAUAUGGUCUUUUACCAUGGCUGUCAGCCAGUUGCCGGCAACAAAGCAGUAAAGACACCAACAAAGGCAGAAUCGAAUGCCUCCAGGUGCACCCUGGAGAAGAAAACUAAUGAAAAUCAAGUAGAGAUUGCAGCCCCGCCACCAACAGAUCUGCAGCCGAUGCCAUUUAAGGACUUUCGACUCGUGCUGCGUGCCAAUAUGCGAGUGCCGUGUUCCGCGAGCAAGGAGUGCCUAUUUAAGUUCGAGGAUGCCAGCAAGAUGGAGGUGCAUCGUAGAUGCCACAAGGGCAGCAGUUUCGCCUGCUGCGAAUGCGGCUUGGAGAUGGUAAACUGGAGGCGUUGUUCUGCCCACCUGUGGAAAGUUCAUCAAAUCGAUGUGGAUUUGCUACGCUGUCCCGCUCUGGACUGCACCUACAACGCACCUGUGUCGGCGCUCGUCUGGCGACAUAUGCGAGUGCACAAGAAGUGGCGUUCGAGGGUUCUCCGCUCCCUCGCAGCUGUCCAGCGACGGCGGAAACUGAAGGAUCAGUCCGACGAGCUUCCGUCUCAGCCAACAGCGACCACUGCAACGCCAAAUAAGAACAAAUACUAUGCUGAGAAGACCUGCGAGAUUUGCAAUCGGAGAUUUGUCAAUGGCAAAACGCUCUCUAAGCACGUGAAGACGGUGCACAACAAGAUAAAGCCGUUUAUAUGCAAUGUUUGUGGCAAGAAGACGGCGCGCAAGGCUAGCCUGAUAAUCCACAUGCGUCAGCACACGGGCGAGAAGCCGCUGCAGUGUGAACAGUGCAAGUUCUCAACGCGAGAUCCCAGUGUCCUGCACAAGCAUCGACAACGCCACGGCAGCGCCUCCAAGCAGAGCACCCUGAAGUGUGGUCACUGUGACUACGGCUGCAUCCAAGCCAAUGCCUUGAAGCGCCACAUGCGAAUGAACCAUGCCGAUGCCUACCGCGAUCUGUGCUGCGAUCUCUGCAGCUACACCUCGAUUAACGCAAAGCGACUGCAGGCACACAAGCAGGAUCAUCGCCAGGGGCUGAUUACCAACUGCGAAGACUCCAUGGAUGCCGCAAGGGCCGCUGGCUUUAAGUAUCCGCGCAAGCUAAGCGACAAGAACAACGAGAUAUCUGCAGAUUGCUUCAUGCCGUUGGAGAGCGUCGACUCGAUGCCACAUGAGCCAGCCGUGGACACGGGCGGGGUAACCAUACCAGCGCCGACCUCAGACGACACUCAGUUCCCCACGUACUUGAAAGAUUGAAUCGACUUUCUCAAUGAAUCCCAUCCUGGUAUAGCGUCCGUGAGGGCAUGUUCUGUUUUAUGUAUGUUUGUAUUCCAAUUCGCUGUAAAGAGUUUGGGGAUGGGGUGUGAAAUAAUGUUCUCGUGCAGUUGUUUGGGGGAUUUAAAUGCUUGUUUAUUAAAUUGUUCAGUUUUUGAUUUAAUUUUAAUAUCAUUUUAGAAUCUGAUAUGAUUUCUUUUUUGCAACAUUUGAAUUUUAGUCAUGCUGGUUUAUCGUGUUCCGUGUUUAUCCGUUAAUUUUUAGAUUUAAACUAAUUUAAAAUUUAAAAUUCUAAUUCUCAUCCAUCCAUAUUUGGAUUCAAGAUCAGCACAAAUAUCGAUCGCGUUCGCUAAGUCUAAGGUUACGACAAAAUUGUUUCAAUUCGGGCAGUUUUGCUAAUAACUUGGUAGAUCUUGGUUAAUCUUUAGUUAAUUUUAGUUAAUUAGUUUAAUAGUUGAGCUUUAGGUUUGGUUUAAUAAUGUAUAUUAUUUAUUUACUUUACGCUUGAAUGUAUUCGUCGGCAGAUCAUCCACAGAUCUGACGAUAUCCUAAAAUUAUGUAUCUGCUGUUCUCGUUACGUUCGCUAUAAGUAAGGGGGAGGGGGAAAAAGAGGUUCGGUUCCUCUGAGCCACAAAGAAAGGACUUUCAACGUUUAUUGUCUGAGUUUGAUUCGAAUAUCAAAAGAUGUUCACUAUUUGCGAGCGCAACUCAAGGAGUUCGGAAGAAGGAUACUCGUAGUAGAAUGAUUUUGUUUGUAAUGGAAAUAAAACGCUCCAUGUAAAAUUGUUAA